GUUGAAAUAAAUACCCCUUUUUAGGAUUCCCCCUUUUUUAUCGUACUGGUGCAUUAGAUCAAAGCACUGACCAGGUAAGAAUGCGGAAUUAAUGCAUUCUAUCGGAGUUACGAGGCUCGGAGGUUAGAAAUCCCUAGAUGCCUAGGUUAGGUACUAGGUUAGGUACAUACAUGUGUAGCUUACAACCGAGAAAGCGGGAAAACCAGACGGACGAGAAUCGCACUGAACGACCGCACCCCAUGAAUAGCCAUAGCGAGAAAUCCUGUAAAGCUCUGAGCUGACAUGGCUUUUACUCAAACCACUCCUUCUCCCACAGGUCGUGAUCCUGUUAUACCAUUGCAAUGUCUUUGCGACCGUUAGUCCGAGGAGCGCAGUGGUCGCGCGCCGCCUUCCAGACAAGAUACCAGACAAGAUAUAACCUAUCAAUCUCACCUCCCACCACGUUAACGGCGCGCCGGGGUCUGAAUACUGUUCCGAAAUGCCCGGAACCAACUUGCAACUGUGCCGACACACCUUCCAUGCCGCUCGGGUCUAGCAUUGAUCAAAAGGCUAAUCUGAAUGGCCUCAUAGCGGCCUAUGCCCAGCAGGUCCUAAUCUGCACUGGUAAAACCGACUGGGCGUCGCGCAUAGAGGAGGAUAACAGCGGCGACAACUUAGCCGCCGAUCUUAAGGAGCUUCUCGGUCGAGGAGGCAUGUUUAGCGAUCCUUUCCACAAUGUCUCCAUCGUAAACGCAUCGUUCCCCUCCGCCAUCUCCACCCAGCCCGAGAUACAGACUACGUCCGUGUACCUGGUCCCUAGCUUCAAAUACAUCCCCUUUCUUCCUCGCGUCUCCUUUGACUCCGCGCAAGCCCUGGUCAAAGGCUAUUUGCUGCCGAAGAAGCUGCAUCCGAUGAAUGAUGGCCUGUCGCCCAUACAUAAGGACCGCUUGACUAGGAAUGAGACGUACCAAAACGCGCUCUAUGGCGUGCGCGACGUAGAUGACGUGCUUGUUCUGAUUUGUGGACACGGACAGCGGGACCAGAGAUGUGGCAUCUACGGGCCCAUUCUCCAGGAAGAGUUUGAGAGGCAGCUACCCCGUGCGGGUAUUGACGUCCUCCAGGGGCCCGUGAUUAACGAGAGCAUUUCCACCCCGCAGCUUCCGGGUGUCGCGGGACUAGAAGCGGAAACAGAAGCGCCGGCCACGGCAAGGGUAGGCCAGAUCAGCCACAUCGGGGGGCAUAAGUUUGCGGGCAACGUCAUCGUCUAUCUACCGCCAAAGCAUAAGAUUAACGCAGGCGACCCGCAUCCUCUGGCCGGGAACGGGAUCUGGUACGGGAGGAUAGAGCCGAAGCACGUGGAAGGGGUGAUAAAGGAGACGAUCAUCAACGGCAACAUUAUUGCAGACCAUUUCCGAGGCGGGAUCAACCAGGAAGGGGAGAUCAUUAGAUUAUAGAUAUCGCAUAUAUGGGUACCCUUUGAGAUCACUGGGGGCUCGGCUGGAUAGACUGUAUAAUAGCUCAUCGCCAGAAUUACCAACGCCUCAACUCAUUAAACUUGGACGUUACAAAUCAAAUAACUAUUCAGGGGCUAAGUGCCUACCUUAGAUACCUUAAAUACCUCUGCAAGUACAUAAGAUACCUACAUAUAUA